CAGUCAUUGGUGAUAUGAUCGGUAGAGCGAUAUCUCUUCUUGUUGGAAAUUUUAGCAGUUACAGAAGCACAGAAGGUAAGCUGCAGAGGAUAGGUGGCAUGCUGAUCAAGAUUCAUAGCAAGGCCAAAGCAAGGGAGAUCACCAACCGUGGCAUUCUCAAGUGGCUUUAGGAGCUCAUCAAUUGUACAUACCAGGGCAAAUACUUGCUCGAUAUGAUCUAGUACGGAGAGCCGAGCUUGAAAGUGAGAAUAACGAUGAUGUACCCCUAAAACCGUUCUCCAUGUCCAUGUUCAAUCUGUCAAAGCAGGUGCGUGUUGCGGCUUUCACCGUGAAGAGCACAUUGUCUUGCCAGAACAUUGGUUUUGAUGAGAUUGACUGGGUGGUUGAGAGCUUGCAGACCAUAUGUGGUGAUCUCAAGCUGUUCAUCAUGCUCCUUCAAGGGUGCCGGCAAGUUUGUUGACCUAUACAUACUAACAUUUUCAUCGAUGGGCGGAUGUUCGACCGAUAUGUUGAAAAGGAGAUGAUCAUCAACUUGUUGCUCCACGACGAUGAGAUGUCCGCUAGAAAGACCUACAAGAUGGAGAUGCGUGAACCAAGAGAUGUUCAACCUAAACAUAUCAUUGAAGAUGCUGCAAAUUUGGGCGAUAUUUUACAUGAACUGAAACAAAAUGUCUUCAACCAAAGGUUCUUGAUUGUGUUUGAGGAUGUACACAUGGAGAAGAAGCACAUACUUGAGGAGUUCAUGCAAAGCCUGAGUUGUAGCAUACAAGGGAGCAAGAUCGUAGUCACAGCCAGCAAGAAGCAAGUAGCAACAUUAGGAACAGUACAACCAAUCAAUUUGAAGUUUUUGCCUUUCCUAGAGUAUUGGUUCUUCUUCAAGGCACAUGCAUUCGACAGCAUAGAUGUCGAGGAGAACCCUGGGUUGGUGGAAGCAAGCAAAUCAAUAGCCAUGAAGAUGAAUGGAUCAUUCUUUGGCGCGAAGAUCAUCGGGAGUAUGAUUAGAAGGAAUCCAAAUCUGAAAUUUUGGUUUUUGGCGUCACAGAAUUUUAUUGGGGGCUGAAAUGUUUGGCAAGGGCCUUGGGUAGUCUGCAGAUCUGGCCGAGAAUUUGCUGCCAAGUCACCUAUACUCUAUGAAGUUCAGCAUCUCCAAGAAUACACUACUAUGUCAAACAGAGUAAGGCUUUGGCUGUAGGAUCUCGGCCCCUCGCCUAGCUCCUCAUGACAUUGAACUCUGUUUGACAAAUCAAACCCAGUG